AUGGCGACCCAAAUUCCUAAAACGAUGUUUACAUGGCGAAAAGACUACACGAGGAGUGAGCCGAGUUAUGUUGAGGUUGCAGUACCGCAGGUUCCUGACGAUGGCAUGUUGAUCAAAGUUUGGGCCGCUGGCGUCUGCCAUAGCGAUAUCAGUAUAUUGGAAUCCAAAGCCCCUCCAUUGGCUUCUCUUCGCCUAGAUCCUUUCACUAUGGGCCAUGAAGGCUGUGGUGAGAUUGUAGGACUCGGUCCCAAAGUUAGUGGGUUUGCCGUGGGCGAUAUGGUCUCAAUUAUCAGCGUCCCUGGCUGCAAUGAGAAGAAUUGCUCGGUUUGUUCGCGAGGUUUCCCACAAGUGUGUCCCGUUGGCCCAAAGUAUGGCUUGGAAAUAGACGGCUCUUUUGCUCCCUAUGUUGCCAUACAGGCACACGCAGCUCUCAAGCUGCCAAAGGGGGUAUCCCCUGCUCAUGGUGCCGUUGCAACUGACGCUGUCCUGACUGCACAUCAUGCAGUUGUGGGCAGAGCAAAUGUACAAGCGGGAGAGACUGUUCUUCUAUAUGGGCUUGGGGGUCUCGGUUUCAAUGCCUUGCAAAUCCUCCUAGACCUCAAAGCUAGAGUCAUCCCAGUCGAUAAACGAGACACAGUCCUUGAGGAAGCAGUCAAGUUUGGUGUGCGGAGAGAGGAUGUCGUCCCUUCAAAUGUCGACAAUAUUGCCAAUUGGAUCAGAGAAAAGGGAAUUGUGAUUGACAAGGUCUUGAACUUUGUGGGCAACACAGAAUCACUUCAGACUGGGAUUGAAGUCGUCCGUCUUGGUGGAACGGUUGUUCUCAUUGGGAUGAUGGCAGAGCACAUGACAUUGCACUCUCAAACCACAGUGCUGAAACAUGUAGAUGUUCUUGGUAGUAUGGGUGGGACUAUAGUAGACAUGAAGGCCGGUCUUGAUCUGAUCGCAAGAGGGGCGCUUGUGCCCCAAGUUGAACUGGAUAAGCUAUCGAAUCUGCCAGAGGUCCUAGACAGACUACACCAUGGCAAGGUCAAGAGUCGGAUUGUACUUAUACCAGAUGGAAUUACCCUCUGA